UGGCCGUCCCAGAACGCUCCGCGCGCGCGUGGCCGUUGCUGAUGAAUGGGCGCCUCGGCUCGUGCUGGUGGGAGGAAGAAGAGUGUCAGAAUUGGUAAGGCUUCUCAUUAAGUUUCUUUGUGGUAAUUACAGAAUGCCUGAAGAUUUUACAGACAAUGGGCUGUAUGUACCCUGAUGAGAUUUUGUGCAUGGAGACAUGUUGCUUGCUAUGGCAUCUGAGACUGAAAAAGCCAAUGCUCUUCUCCAAUCGUUCAGCACAGCGUCUGUUAUUUCAAGUCUAGGACUGGGGAUUUUCUGCUAUUUAGCAGAUAGACUUCUGCAAUUUUCUUUCAUUCAGCAAACUUACUGGCUGCGGGCAUUGUCCGAUAAUAUGGUGCAUGGUAUUAUAGGACUGUGGUCAUGGGCAAUAGUGAUUGGACUCAAGAAAAAAAGUGACUUUACAGAAGUAAUUUUAGCUGGUUUCCUCUCCUCCGUGAUUGAUAUGGAUCACUUUAUUCUAGCUGGCUCCCUUUCGCUAAAGGCUGCCCUGACUCUUCCACAAAGACCGUUUCUUCACUGUUCUACUGUGAUCCCAGUUGUGUGCCUGAUGUUAAAGUUUGUUAUGCAUCUUCUCAAGCUGAAGGAUUCCUGGUGCUUUCUUCCCUGGAUGAUGUUUAUCUCCUGGACUUCGCAUCAUGUUCGAGAUGGAAUACGCCACGGCCUGUGGAUCUGCCCCUUUGGAAAGACGGUUCCCUUGCCUUACUGGCUUUAUGUGGCGGUCACCACAACUUUACCUCAUCUCUGUUCUUUUCUUUUGUAUUUAACCGGAACAAGAGAACUGAUGUCGAUAAAACAUGGGAUUCGUAUUGAUGUGUAAAGAUAUUGAAGAAGCUUCUGUUCUUGAAAAUAUUUUUUUUUCCUGAUUAUUGAAUUAGGUCAAAAUUGAUGUUACAUAGCCUAAUGAAACAACGUUGAUUUCCUGCGAUCACCACUGCACAAGGUACUGUGGGACUGGUAGGGGACAAUUUAUUUAUUGGUAGCUCCUUUUUUUUAGAUUUUAGUAUUAUCUGUUUUUGUUAAGUGUCUGUAAAUAGAUGCUGGUCCCAAUCAUUGUUUUUCUUGCCUGAAUCUAGUGGCUAAAACCCCUUUUAAUAAAUGGAUUCUAGUUUCAGAAAGCAAACAAAAUAUAUUUCCUCCGAUUCGGCAUCUGUUUAACAUCAGGACCAAAGGGCUUAAUGUAUAGGAGCUGUUACUGUAGAUUUCUAGGCAGCUGACGCUCUCUGCUUCUGCUUCCCUUGAAAGAUGGAGAAAAAAAUGGAUAAAAUGCUAUCUGUCUCAGCAUUACUUAGAUGUUCUCCUAUAUCUUCUGCUUUAGGUAUUUACCAUAGAUAUUGUCAGCUGUAUCUGCACCAUUUUGAAUAUAUGAACAACAUCACCGAUAAAAAGUUUAAAAUUCAACACUGAUGUUAUUUAGGAAAAUAUAAUAGUAGUGACACUGCACUUUAUUAAGAGAUGGCAAGUAAUAGGGGCCUUUGGAGUUAAUGCCAGCUCCCUAAAAAUCUAUAUUUUGGUAGGGUUGUGCAAAGUAUUCAGAAGAAAUUCUUUCCCAACAGGUAGGUAUACAAAAGAAGGGAUUUUUAAACAAAAAAAAUCAUGAAAGCAGCCAAAUGUUUUGCAAGGCUUGUACAUCAAAAGCUAAGGUAUCUCUGUGUGUCUAUGUAUGUGUAUGCACAGACAAUACUACCGUGUUUCCCUGAAAAUACGACCCCUGAAAAUAAGUCAGUCCUAGCUUGAUUUUUACACCUGUCCAAUAUAAGCCCUGCUCCCCCCAAAAUAAGCCCUGAUUAAGACCCCACCCACUCCAGGGUGCACGGGUAAAAAUUAAGCGAGGGUGGGGAUGGGGGGAUGGAGCUGCCCUACUACUUACCUUUUGACAGUUGCAGCCAGGCCUCGCACAUUCCGACACCUGCCUUGCUGGCCUAUUUCUUCUGCAGCCAGCAAGGCUUUCCUGAAGGCCUCUGCAGCCGAUAACAGAGCUCCGGAUCAAUUUGGAGCUCUGUUAUUGGCUGCACAAGCUUUCAGGAAAGCCUUGCCGGCCACAGAAGAAGUUCCUGAAGGCCUGUGACAGCGAAAAGGACACUGGGGGCGAUGCACGCAAGUGAGGUGAAUCACAUGUGGACGACAUCCCCCCCCCCC